AAAAGGACUAUUUCUGGCUUCUUGUUACGCCACACAGUAUCACACCGGUUCAUCAGGCUCAGCACAGGUCGCAGGAUCAGCCUCGCGAGACAUCGGGCGGCCGGGCUCCUCCGAAUGUCCUUUGCACUGCCGCAGUAAUGAGGUGCCAUUGCCGUGUUCACUGCUCGUCGCUAAAUCCCAGCGGCGAUGGUUGGGAUGUGCCAACGGAAUCAGCAAGUCUCGGCUCCACAGGCAACAGACGAUGCAGGAGCGGUACUCCAGCGGACACUGGCUCAGCACAACGCUCGAAAGGACAAUCAUGUCGACGGACGGCCGCUGGAUUUGCGGCGGGCCCAAAGUGGACGUGAUACUUUGCUCUACAUAUUUCAGGUUUGGACGGACGCCUGCAUUGCAUGGAAAAAUAGCACCGAAACAACAUGGCACGCCAACCAGAGUCAACAGUCUUGAAGACAUGGCGCGCGGUCGCAGGUCUUUCGACAUCGGUUCAGAGAUGGAAGAAACGCUUGGACAAGUCUUUGGCCAUGGCUGCACUGGCACUCUUUCGAGCAACUGGAGCCACGUCUCUUGGAGCCUCUUCAGGAACAUUGUCGGUGACGGACAACCGCACGAAUCGAAGGUACACCAUUCCGAUUAUGCACAACUCAGUCAGGGCAACCGACUUCCGUCAGAUCGCUGCUGCUGGCAGAGGCGCGGAUCCAGUCGAUCAAGUCGAAUCUGGCCUGCGCAUCAUCGAUCGUGGUUUCCUCAAUACGGCAUGCAUGGAGUCCAACAUCACCCUGAUCGAUGGUCAACGAGCCUACAUUCAGUACCGAGAUCAUUCUAUUGAGCACCUCUUCGACAACAAUGAUUACGAGGAAGUGGUUCACCUUCUUAUCUGGGGACACCUUCCAUCAACUCAAGAAAAGACGAAACUCCGAAAAGCGUUUGCCGCCGCUGCCACGCCACCGCGUCCAGUCGUGGAGGUUGUGCAAGCGUUUCCCAGAGAUGCUCUAACCGGCACGAUCCUUCUGGCUGGCCUUGCCGCAUGGGCUGCUUGCGAUCCUGGAACGCAAUCUGUGCACCAGGAGAAUCGACCCAAGUACCUCGGCAACAUCGCUGAAGUCGAUGCUGCCAUCAUUCGCACUACUCAAGCCAUGGCUACCACCAUUGCAUUGGCAUACUGUCACAAACGUGGCAAACCAUUCACUCAACCUGAGCGCGAAGGUACAUUCAUCGGAAACGUUCUCACCAUGAUGGGUUUCACCGACAACAUGGGAAAGCCAAUAGCGGAGAUAGAGGCCACUUUCGCACGUCUAUGGAUCCUUUACGCCGACCACGAAAUGACCAAUUCCACUGCUGCCUUUCUUCACGCUGCUUCCACGCUCAGCGAUCCGCUUUCCUGCGCCGUCAGCGGUAUUGUGUCGGCAUAUGGUCCUCUCCACGGCGGAGCGAUCGAUCAGGCUUAUAAGGGCUUCCAGACAAUUGGCACGCCGGAGAAUGUGCCUAUCCUGAUCGCCGACGUUAAGGCGAAGAAACAACGUCUCUUCGGAUAUGGUCAUCGCAUUUACAAGAAGACCGACCCUCGCGCAAAGCUAAUUCGUUCCAUGAUCGAUGAGCAUAUGCCAAAGGUUAAGGAUAACCCCUUGCUCCGUGUCGCCCUGGAGGUGGAUCGCGUUGCAAACGAGGAUGACUACUUCACAUCUCGCAACCUGAAGGCGAAUGCUGAUCUUUAUGGAUGUUUCCUGUACACCGCCUUGGGUUUUGAAACCGACAUAAUCGUUGCACUGGCUUCACUGUCUCGCACGCCCGGUGUCAUGGCUCAUUGGCGCGAAAGCAUGAGCCAAACUCCUCUGCUCUGGCGACCGCUCCAGGUUUUCACCGGCUCAAUUGCAUCCGCGGCGCGCAGCGACGUCAAAGCUCUGUGA